AUGAGUGAUGACUGUCCAACAUUUGUGAAGGCCCAAGUUGCUAAGGCACAGCGUUUUGCAGACCACCCACAAGAACCAGUAUUUGAAGAGGAUGAGGAAGAUGAUCCUGUUGAAGCAGAAGAACAACCAGACUGGGUGGAUGUAUAUGCAGGGCAGAACCAAAUGUAUGAGGGUGUAGAGAGGGACUUUGAUUAUGGUAAUGGUGAGGAGGACUAUGACUGGAGCAGUACCCGUAUUAUUCUCCCUGAAGGAAAAGACCCAACAAAAUGGCUUCAAGAAAGCAGUAAAGCAGAUGACGAACGAGAGACAGAAAGUACAGACCUUGAUUUACCUCAAGUGUGUCCGUUGUCUCUAAAUGAGAAUCAGAAAGCCCUAGUGGGGCUUGUGUUGCACACCCUGUACAACUUUGUUGAAAACAAUGAAUAUUACCUUCCACUGUGGCUUGUUGUCUCUGCAACUGCUGGUACAGGAAAGUCUUUUGUCACAAACUGUCUCCAGAGGUUAGUGCGGCAAGUUUUGAAGCCAAUGAUGCAAUACAGGUGA